ACGUGCUCAAUUGUCUCGCACCAUCAAAACCUCUGUACUUGGCGCAAUUGUUUUACACUGAUUUCUAGUAGCUGUCAAAUUCGGACGUACAUGAAAUGAAACGGAUGCUGGCUCCGCCCACUCAGACCUGCUCAUUUCCUUACAACCAUGGCAGCACAGACAGAGGGAGGAAUACCUAUAAGCGCAGUUAGUCCACGUUAUUUGCAUACAAACUCUACAAGCCACACUGGGCCCUUCAGCGCUAUAGCAGAGCUGAUUGACAAUGCUUAUGACCCAGAUGUCAGUGCAAAGCAUAUCUGGAUAGAUAAAACAGCGAUCAAAGACCAGGAUUGCCUCAUCUUCAUGGAUAAUGGAAAAGGCAUGGAUUAUGACAAGAUGCACAAAAUGCUCAGUUUUGGCUUCAGUGAUAAGAAAGCGGUAAAAGGCCAUGUUCCAGUUGGUCUUUAUGGUAACGGGUUUAAGUCCGGCUCCAUGCGCUUGGGAAAGGAUGCCAUCGUGUUCUCAAAGAAAGACAACACCAUGUGUGUGGGUCUUCUGUCACAGACUUACCUCAAGAGUAAAGGAGCACAGAAUGUCAUAGUGCCUAUUGUCGCAUUCACAGAAGCUGGAGAGACUGUCGGUGGUCCACGGAAGUAUGAAGAGUGUCUCCAUGAUAUUCUCACCCAUUCUUUGUUUAGCACUAAGGAAGAACUGCUAACUGAGUUCAGAGCCAUUAAUGGCCCACACGGCACCAACUCCACUGGAACUCGCAUCAUCAUCUGGAACCUUCGCAAAAUGUCCUCGGGUGAAUUGGAAUUUGACUUCUUGAAGGAUCGCUAUGAUAUUCGGCUCCCUGUUGAUAUUAAUGAAGGCAGCAAAGAGCCAAACAAGGGCCCCGAGAGCCAAAUAUCACCACCUGAGAGUGAAUAUUCACUGCGGGCAUACAGCAGUAUCUUGUACCUAAAGCCUAAAAUGCAGAUCAUUAUACGUGGGCAGAAGGUGAAAACUCAGCUCAUCUCCAAAAGCCUAGCAUAUAGCAUUAAGGACACAUACAAACCCACAUUUCUCAACAAGGGAAUUAAAAUCACCUUUGGCUACAACACAAAAAGUAAAGAACAUUAUGGAUUGAUGAUGUACCACAAAAACCGCCUCAUCAAAGCCUAUGAACCUGCUGCCUGCCAGCGUAAGGCCAACAAAACAGGAGUGCGAGUUAUUGGGGUGAUAGAGUGUGACUACCUUACGCCAAUGCACAACAAGCAGGACUUUGAGAUGACAGAAGAAUACAGGAAAACUAUGCAAAAUGUAAGUACUAAGCUUGAGGAAUAUUGGAAGGAAGUCCGCUACAGACGUCAGAAAUCCAAUUGUAGUGUACCUGUUGAAGAAGAUGUGGAGAAACCAGAUCAAAACUGGGUGCAGUGUGAUGAGUGUCUGAAUUGGCGAAAACUUCCUGAUGGCAUUGAUUUGUCGCAGCUCCCUACUCAGUGGUUCUGCUACAUGAACCCUGAUCCCCAGUUCAGGAUUUGUACAGUUGAAGAGGAGCCAGAGGAUGAGGAUGAUGAACCCAGAUACCAGAAAACUUACAAACAGGAUGAGAAAAAUCAGAAGAUACAGAUGGAUAACAACAGACAGCAAAUAGAGCUGCAGCAGAAAGAGGCACAUGAGAAGCUGAUGUUAGCUUUGAACAAAGAUGCAGCUGAUCUCUUAAAGACACAAAAGGGCCUUAUGCGCCAGCUCAAACGUGGUAGCCCUGUCCAAGGAACACCUGACUCCCCCCUCAACUCACGUCCCCAGAGACGUGCAGGUGAGGACCUAUUUUUCAUGUGUGUGUAUAUACAGUAUGUCUCUUUAUUUAUUGAAUUCAAGUAUUACCAGUGUGAAUCUGUCAUUAACUGUACACGUUUCUGGUCACAUCAAGAUCCCGCUCGCUCACCUAUUUCAACAAGGAAGACGAGACCCACCGAGCCAAGCAGAGAGAAUGGAGGAAUAAAGAGAGCCAGAAUAGGAGACAGUUUUGGAAGCAACUCACCAAGCAGGCCAUCAACAUCCACAGCCUCACCUGAAUCCUGUUCCCCACCAAUCCUAAACAAUUCUGUUGCUGUUUGUGAUCAAGUAACACGUCUGUAUAAUCAAACAACUUUGCCCCCUGUAUCUUCCAGAGAUACCAGCAUUGCAACCCAGACUCAACAGGUAACGGAGGAAGAGGGGGAUACAGAAAGGAUGGGAAAAAAAAAUGGGAGCACAGAUGGAGAAAAUGUUAUCAAUUGUUCUGAAUCUGAAAAUAAUCUCAAGAGGAAUACAAACAAACAACAGAUAAGAAAUAAGGAAAUAAGAGUUCAAGAGAAUAGUGUACCAAGCUCAAAAUUAUCUCCAAGUUCAGUUGAGUCAGAAGAAGAACUAAAGCAUAUGGAGGUCUCAGAUGAUAUAAGUCAAGGGGGUAAGACUUCAUCAAAACUGCAAAACUCAGUUCUUGAUGUGUUGGAGGCCCAGAAGCAACAGGACAACCUGCUGGAACUCCUGAAGGAGGUGACAAAGGAGAGAGAUGAGAGCCGCGUUCAGUUGCUUGUCCUCAACUCACAAGUGGAUGAGCUGAGGAGCAAGUUGCUGGAGCUCGACCAAAGCAUGGUGAAGAAGAAACAAAGCCACAGAACAUACACACAGACCAGCCCAGAGGAGGCACAAGACUACAAAGUGCUGUACUUGCAGGGAAAAGAGGAGAUAAAGCUGCUCCAAGAAGAGCUUAGUGGGCUGAAGAUGGAAAAAGAAGAGAGGGAGAGAAAAGGCCAGCAAUCUCUGUUAGAGUGUGAUGAUGAUCUGGCUUGUCGAGUGGACAUUCUGUUAAGGGAAAUUGACCAGAGAAACAAGGAGCGAGAAGAGCUACAGCUUAAGGUGGAGAGUCUAGAACAUGAGAACUGCUCUUUGUCGACCUCCUGUGAGAGCCUGAAGAGAAAUUUAGAGGAUAUGAAGAAAGAGAGUGAAAAGGUCAAGGUACAUACAGAAGAUCAUGGUGUCCAGACAGAUUUUCCUACAGGUUCCCAUGAAGAAAGUACAACAAAUUCAGCAGAAGCCUCCAACUCAGGAAGAGGAACAGACCUUGGUAUACAGCAGCAUGAGACACAGGACAGACCAGAGAUUGGACAAGACAACAAUAACCAACAGACAUACAAACUCAAAUUAAGAGAACUCAGACAAACAUUGGCCCGUCUCCUGGUCACCCUCGCCCCUGAUCUGGACCUUCAGCAGGUGAAUUACGAUAGCGAUGCCAUUGAUGAGAUUCUCGUUCAGGUUGUAAAUGAGAUCUCCCCUGCAGAGACAGCCUCUACAUAGAAAAAAUGGUGACCGGAAGAGCACAAACCUUUAAGUCACAUUAAUCAUUUGGUUGUUUUAAUGCAUAAAUAACUACAUACACUACAUAAACAACAUUGUUUUCUUAACAUUUUUAAAUUUAACUAUACAAAACAUGAAGAUUUUUAUUGCUUGCCUUAUGUUUGAUUAAGUGGAUAGGGAGCUAUUGCAACUUGUACUGCCUGAGGGAUGUUUAAAAGUAAGUUUACCAUUAAUAACAUAUAAUUAUAUUUAUAUAAUUAAUUCCUGUGUGUAUACAAACAAAUUAUCUUAUUAUAAGUGGUUUAUUAAAGAUACAUUUUUUUGUAAUGGCUAAUUUUUUCAUUGUUUCAUUUUUUUUAUGUUAUUAUCCUCCUGGUUUUUGUAAUUGUCUAUUCAUAAAUGAGGGCUUGGUACACAUGUAAUGUUUAAAUAAAACAAAAUUAAACUUAA